GUCAUGGUCCUGCCCACCAAAACAACCGGAGUGCAGACCGACCCUUGUGUUAUGAAAGCUGCUGGGAGAAAUGUUGAAUAACUGCUGCUUCCCUGCCUUUACGCAGCACCAUGUGGAUAGUCGAGGGACUUCCGCCGGUGUAGUUUCGCCAAACGACGUUUAAAGAAAGCAGUGUUGAUUCGGUAAAGUUAGAGAAGAGACAGGAAGAAGACAGAAUGGCAAAGCGGAGAGAGUGUGCACAGACAGAGGCCGAUACAAAGAAACUGAGGCAGGCGCUGAAGGCAAAGAGCAGCGGAGCUAAAGCAAGGGCGAAGAAGAAAGGUGCAGGUAAUGGCAUCGCAGAGGAAGAGGAGAAGCUUGUGAGGAAGGUCACACCCAAACCACGUUCCUCCACAAAACGAGCAGCAGGGAAAACCACAACCACCACUGUUGUCAAAACCAGUAAAUACUUCCAGUCACCAGUGAAGAAAGAGGAGGAGGAGGAGAGUGAAGAGGACUUUGACAUGGUGACCUCAGCAGCAGGUACUAAUACAGUGAACGCCAAGAAAACAGCGAAAGAAGAAGAAGAGGGGGACAGUGACGAAGAUGAGGAUGACUGGGAGGAAGUGGAAGAGCUGACGGAGCCGCUGGGUCCAGUCGAACUCCCAGAACCCAUCCUGCCCUCUCAGCCGGUUGAGAUAGAGAUCGAGACUCCAGAAGUCCGGAAAAAGCAAAAGAGGAAGGCGGAGUUUGAGACGUAUCUAAGGCGGAUGAUGAACCGAUACAAGAAGGACCAGCUGAUAGACACACACAAGGUCCACCUCAUGUGCCUGAUAGCCAGCGGGAUGUUCCGCAACCGUCUGUGCAGUGAACCAGAUCUGCUCGCCAUCACUCUGUCGCUGCUGCCCACUCACUUCGGCAUGGUCUCCAAGGACCGCAUCGACCAAAACUACCUCUCUGGACUGCUCAAAUGGUUUAGAGCAACGUUCACCCUCAACUCCAGUCUUUCCUGUGAGGAGCGUCCAGACCCCCAGGCUCUGCUGGAGAGACGGCUGGCCAGCCUAUCAGUCAGAAACCACCAGGAGAUGACUCAUCUGUUCCUGUUGGUCCUGAGGUCUCUGCAGCUCUUCUGCCGAUUGGUUCUUUCUUUGCAGCCGAUUCCUCUCAAACUCCCUUCAGCCAAGGGAAAAGGGGCUAAAACAGCUGCUGGUGCCCCAGGAAAGAGCAACACAGGCCAGGGAACCUCCAAAACCAGCUCCCCUGAGCCAAAGGUUUCUCCUGGUACCAAAAGACCAGCAGGAGGGGGGAAGACCAGAGGAGACAGAGGAGGGAAGAAAGCAAAGAGAAAAGAAAUAAAGGGAGAGGAUGAGGAGGAAGAGGAGAAGAUUAUAACAUCAGGAGGACAAAGGCCAAAGAACUCAAAACGCCGGAGCAUCGCCUCAAAGGUCAGCUACAAGGAGGAGAGCAACAGCGAAGGGGAAAAUGAGGAGAAGGGGCUUAGCGAUGAGGAGGAAUUUCAGGCGACCAGUGAGGAAGAGGACAGUGCGGAUUCAGAGAGCGAGGCUAAAUCCACAAAGAAGACAGGGACAGGGAAGAGCAAAGCAAAAGUGACCAACAGCAAGAAUACCACAGCUCUGAAGAGAAAGAGCGGGGGAGGUAAAAAAGAGGUAAAGGAAGAGAACCAGGAGCGGGAGGAAGAGGUUGAAGAUGAGGAAGACGAAGAAGGAACGACAAGCAACGGAACAAAGCGAAGGAGUGGGAAAAAGAAGGAGGGGCCUGGAGCAGACGAGUGGUUGGAGGUGUAUCUGGAAAAAACUUCUACCUGGAUUUGCGUGGAUGUGGAGCACGGUGUCGGGAUGCCUCAGCUCUGCUCCCAGAAUGCAACAUCACCAGUGACGUACGUGGUGUCGGUGGACGGGGACGGGUUUCUGAAGGACCUGGGAAGGAAGUACGACCCCACCUGGAUGACAUCAUCCAGGAAGAGGCGAGUGGAUGAAGAAUGGUGGGAGGAAACGCUCGAGCCGUUCCUGGGACCUGAAGACGAGAGGGACAAAAAGGAGGAAAAGGAGCUCCAGAACAAGCUGCUGAACAAACCGCUGCCGAUCUCAGUUGGCGAGUAUAAGAACCACCCACUGUACGCCUUAAAGAGACACCUGCUGAAAUAUGAAGCCAUCUACCCUUCAACAGCCACUGUGCUGGGAUACUGCCGAGGAGAACCGGUGUACUCCAGAGAUUGUGUGCACACCCUCCACUCCAAAGACACAUGGCUGAAAGAAGCACGAACUGUCAGACUAGGAGAGGAGCCAUACAAGAUGGUGAAGGGCUUCUCUAAUCGUUCCCGUAAGGCCAGGAUGAUGUCUGAGCAGAAGGGUGACAAUGAUCUGCCUCUGUUUGGAGAAUGGCAGACUGAAGAGUACCAGCCGCCGAUAGCUGUGGACGGGAAGGUUCCCCGCAACGACUACGGUAACGUCUACCUGUUUAAGCCCUGCAUGUUACCGGUGGGUUGUGUUCACGUCAGGCUGCCUAACCUGCACCGCGUGGCCCGGAAGCUGGACAUGGACGCCGCCCCUGCGGUCACAGGCUUCGACUUCCACGGAGGAUACUCACACGCUGUGACUGACGGUUACAUUGUGUGUGAGGAGCAUGAGGAGAUUCUCAGAGCGGCCUGGGUAGAAGAACAAGAGCUUCAGAAACAGAAGGAGAAAGAGAAAAAAGAAAAGAGGGCGACUGCUAACUGGACUCUGCUGGUGAAAGGGCUCCUGAUCAGAGAAAAGCUUAAACAACGCUACGGCAAGAAGAACCAAGGACUCGCUCAGGGAGAGGAGACCGGCGGGCUUUCGUCUGACGAGGAGGCGGUUGAGGGUGGAAGUCCUGGAGCUAAGACUGCGUCUGAAACGCUGGCCAUGUCCUGGCCCCAGAACAGACAAGCAGAGGAAGACGGAGGGACCGUUAGCGGACUGAAGAAGAAGACAACAACGAAACGGGAAAAGAGAGGACAAGAGAAACAUUUGUUCCCCUUUGAGAAAGUGUGAUCUCUGAGGUCCAAAACUAUACUUCAGUUUAGUUAGAUCAAAGUUGAUUACACUCCUGAAAUGAGCUGGAACACAUCUGAAAUCAACUUUUGCAAGUUUGGUCAACACUGGAACAUUUGGCUGUAACAAUAUAACACAGAAAGGAGGAGAGGAAUGAAGGGAUCUGCAGAUUGAUCUGUUUCUUCCAGUGGUGACGAGACGGGAAAUAGGCCUGCACCAUCUCCAUAUAUGCUCCCAUUAGCUCAUAUGCUGUAUUGUUAGCUUUUUGUAUGAGAGCUUAAUAGAGAUUCAGUACAUGCCAGGAUCCCAAGGAGAGGAUGUGUGUGCUCUUGUGCAGAACAGUGUUAUUGCGUUGUCUUGGAGAAAACAAACUCAGUAUGAAUGUGAGAACAGGGAAGCGUCCUUACAGUUUCACACGUGUGAUUCACGUGACAUAAAGACACACUGCUCAUUUUCCAUUUCAGUUCAGCACACCGAAAACGGCACGUACAGCUUAUGCCGAAAUGAAAUGAUGGCUUAUGUAGCAAGUAAACUCAGAAACCCUGAGUACCAACAAACACUACAAACAAUGCAAGCUAAUAAACAUAUUUCCCGUGGCUUGUAGUGGCUGAAUCAAAAUGAAAAGCUGCCAACACUUAAAACUGUGAAAUGAUCCCCAAUACUGCUACUGUUUCUGUUGUUACUAGACUGUACACCAUGUAACCUGACACUAUGAAAAGAGAAACUUGUACUGAUAUUGUUAAGUGAAACCUUUGUGUUUCCUGGUUUUCACAUUUUCAGGAACAAACACAGCCAUGUUUUAUGCCCUGCAGUGCUGUGUUGGGGUUGUAGGGUGUUCUUAUCUGACAGAGGACCAUGUGUGGACCAUGUAACCUUUCUCUUGAGGUUUAACCAUGAAAAAUCACUAAAACUGCAGUUAAGAAGAUGAUUUCUUAGAUCGCACACUUGAUUUCUUACAGAUACUAUUACUUCCCCCUUUUCUUUCUUUCCCUGUUAGGGUGCAACAUCCCCAGAGAUUCACUUCUUUCACAUUCAGCCUUUUUAUCUCUUUCACACUUGUGUCACUGUUUCACACCUCGUAUCUGUACAAGUGUUCGUACACAGCACAUGAUCGCUGUAUUUGAAAUAGUAAACAGUUUUUGUAUUAAGUAUUUUUGUAAGAAAUGUUUAAAUACUAGUAAAAAGCAAACCAAGCAAAAAGAACCUUGCACUCUUUUUAAAAAAAAUAGAUUUUGCUACCUGUGUUUAAUUCUGUUGGAUUUAUUGGACAAUUUUAUCUUAAUAUCAAAUCUAGCAUAAAAAACAGACAUCUUAGUUCCAAAUUUUCAAAGUUUCUAAAUCACACAGUCAGGGAAAUUAUUCUGUUUUCAUUUUUACGUUUCCUUCCUCAUUUGACCAUUGGGAAUUUUUGAUGUGCUGAUGUGAGGUACAUCCACACAGAUAUUACCCAGUGUUCCUGGCAGGACUCAAGGACACACGCAUACAACUAGUUUUUGCAUCUACUAGUUUAACGCUGGCAGUAAAACGUGUGUUUGUGUGCUGGUACAUUUAUUAUUAUUUUAGCUUAUAAAAAAUAGAAAUAUUGCCACAUGAAUUCUAAUUGAUUUCUGACUAGGUUUAAAUAUUUGCCAAAAAACAUUCAUGAGCAUUCCUUACAGUGAAAAUUCACAACAAUCAGUGUAAAUCAGAAACUAUUUUGAAGUCAUGUAUGCAGUUUUGCAUCAUUAACAACUGACUGAAUAGUGAAUGACAUAUUGUGUGCAUUAACACCAAACCUCAGCUGCAUUAGAUGUUGAUGUAUCUGCUUCCUCAGAAAUUCAAGACCAAUUACCAGUGCAUUAACUCCAGGGGCUCUGCUUCCCUCAGGUGCUGCUGAGAAACACAGCAGAGGGUAAUGCAUUGUUUAUAAAGCUGUCGGUCCUAUCUCUUCAGAGCGAAAGCACUUUGAGUUUCCAUCCAGUUGCAGAGCUGCAGCACCUGCAGUUACGGUCUAACCUGUGCCACCCAUAGGCAAUGAAAGUAACAGCUGGAGCAGUUUAAACCUACAUGUGAGGUAAUAAUGUUACAGUGUGACUUUAAUGGGACUUUAAUAAAGUAAAAGGCUUACAGUAUUAACAGUCAUUAAACAAUGCUGAGGAUGUGUCUGUGACAUUUUCUAGAGUCUAAACACUAAACAAUGUGGUUCAACUGUGCCAUACUGAUACAGGAAUCAGCUUGUUAAAAAGGAUGAACUAGGCAAAAGGUAACCACUCU